AUGAUGAGCGAAUAUAGAAGCUUCGGCAGUAACUAUCACCAAUCAAGUCAAUCUAGAAAGAUUUCUAUUGGAGUUAUGGCCGAUUCACAACCUCAGAGAAAUCCUGGUCCAGAUAAGAAGGGUGAUGGAGAUGUUAUUCCUAGAGUAGAAAAGUUGAAAUCAGCUACAGUAACUGAGUUACAGGCGAACAAGAAAGAUAAAGGUGUUUUAGCUGCCAAGCAGAGGAAUGCAGCUAAGGCCACAGAACAUGAGACUUCACCUUUGAGGUCACCGAGAUCGUCUUAUCGGAAACUGGGGACUCUGGAGAAUGUUCUCUGUAAGCAAGCGUCUAGUUUGCUUGGUAGCAAAGGGUUAAACAAGGGACUUAAUGGAGCAGCACAUCAAAAAUUUCCUGUCUCGAAUCCUCAGGGCAGUGAUGAUGAGCUGAACGGUGGCAGGAACGAUAAAGGGAUAGAUAGGAGUCCAGAGAGGAUGGAAGAGCCUCCAUCUGCAGUCUUGCAGCAAAAGGUUGCUUCACAUAGAGGGGAGAUGGAUAAACCAGAGAAGGAUAAAAAUGGAACUAGUGAUGCUUUGAGAUCAAAACUGUGGGAAAUAUUGGGAAAAGCUUCGCCAGAAAAUAAUGAAGAUGUGAACUCUGAGACUCCAGAAGUAGUUAAGACCAACUCCAAGUUGAGUCAAGACAAGGGUUCUAAUGAUGAUCCUCUUAUUAAGCCUAGACACAAUUCAGAUUCUAUUGAAACUGAUUCUGAAAGCCCUGAAAAUGAAACCAGAAGGCCAGUAACUAGAUCUUUGUUGCAGAGGAAGGUAGGAGCCAACAAAGGUGUCCAGAAGAAAACCAAAGCUGGUGCCAGCGCAGAAAAAGUAAAUAAUAUAUUCUCUUUUGAAGAAGGUUUGCGCGAGAAAAUUGGCACUGCUAUGAAUUCCAGUGGUAUGCCGAAGAAACCAAGGGGUAGAGGAAAAAACACUGUUGUACAAUGCCGUAAGGUUCAGAGGGAGACCAGCAAGAGUAAAACUCCACCACGUUCCAAGAGCACAAGAACUGGCAAAAGGUCUUCAUUCUCAGACAAAAAGGGAAGUUCCCAUGAGCUUAAUCCACAGAGAAAAGCGCAGAAACAGAAACCAGAUAUUAGCACAAGGGAAGAAGAUUUUUAUCCUUCGCCAGAAGCUGAAACAGCAGCAGCUACCCCAGAGGUGUUCCAUGGAUUAUCUAAAAAUGGCGAUAAACAAGAAAGGCCGAGUAAUGUUUGCAGGGAAAAGUCUGCUGAGCCAGAAAACGAAUUCCAGAGUCCAACCUUUGGAUAUAAAGCAGCAAUCUCAAGUCCCUCCCCAUGUUUUUCUCCUGAAGCAUCUCCUAUGCAUCCUCGGAAUAUUAGUCCUACUUUAGAUGAGACAGAGGCACCAAUAUUUAGCUUUGGUACUAAGAAAACCUCUCAAAGGACAACAGGCAAAGCGUCAGAUACAGAAAGGAGAUUGCCUGACUUCUUGGAGAAGAAAAGAGUUUUUUCUUUCGGAAAAAAACGUUCUGCCAAGCCAAAUGAAGAUUUAGUUAUGUCAGAUCCGUCGUCUGAUGAGGAAAGCUCAGGAGAUGAAUCACCAGCGUUGGGCCAUUACAACAGUCCGGAAGAAAGAGAAACUGCCAAUUGGAGUAAUGAGAAAUCUAAGCGGGAAUUUAGCUCAGCUAAACGGAACUCAAACCUUAAGGGUAAUGGAUUUAGCUCAGCUAAACGGAACUCAAACCUUAAGGGUAAUGGACGUGUCGUGUUAAGUCCUACCUCAUCUUUAUCCAAAGGGAUCGAUAAAACUGAUAUUUCGGAGAUGGAUGAAGAUGUUGGCUUGGGAAGGGCUGUUGCAUCGUUUGCUUCGGCUCUUGAAAACUUUGAGAAAAAACUGAAAUCUGGAGCCAAAAAGAAGUCUUCAGAGAUUAUAGCAUCAGUCUCCUCGGAGAUACAUCUAGAGUUGGAGAAUGUGAAGUCUCACAUCAUAACAGAAGCGGGAAAGACGAUUAACAUAGCCAGAACUAAGAGAAAGCAUGCUGAAACAAGAUUACAAGAGCAACAAGAGAAAAUGAGAAUGAUUCAUGAAAAGUUCAAGGAAGAUAUAGGGCAUCAUCUUGAAGAUUUCAAGCGUACAAUCGAAGGGCUUGAAACAGACCAUUCAGAGUUGAAAGGAGCCUUAAAGAAGCAAAAAACAUCACACCAAAAACUCAUAGCGGAAUUUGAAGGAGGCAUCGAGAAAAAACUGGACAGUGCGGCGAAAAGAAUCGAUUCUGUCAACAAGGCAAUCUGCGAGAAGAAAGAUGAUGCAGCUGAAAAUGACAAUGGGGAAAUGUUUGAAGGACGGUGUGUUAGAUUGACCUCUCUGAGUCUGAGUCUGAGUCUCACAUCAAUCACACACUGGUCUCAUGCUUAUAUUGGUAUAGUUUACUGUAAUAUGUGA